UCCACACACAGACAGUUAGUUUUGUAAUAUUGACAGAGCAGCUGUCUCACACAGAUAAAAGUUACACGCUUUGGAGAUCCCUGAGUAAAAACGUGAAGACCAGAGAUGAUUUCAGAUGAGGACCACAACACAGAUGGAAUAUUAUCACAUCAUGACACAAGAAGAAAAGGUGGAUCCACUUGUCCUAACAACCGACUGAUUAUACUGUGUCUGGGACUGUUGAAUGCUGUUUUGCUGAUAGUUGCUGUUGUUAUUGGGAUUAACUGUGCCAAAGUCAAAGACAGUUCCCACCAGGUUUCUCACUCAGCUGCAACACAGCUCAUCAUUGAGCUGAACUAUCUCCGUAGCAACCACAGUGAUGUUAUUGAGUCUGCAGAACAGGCCAAGAAGGCGUUAGAGAGGGAGGUCAAAAACCAUGCAGAACUAAAGGCGAGAAUUAAGCAGCAUAGGACCAUCAAUGACGGUUAUCAGAGGAACAUUGAGGCACUGCAAGCAGAGAAGUCACUUCUGCAAUCUGAUAUAUCAGCUUUUGAGGGAAGCUGUGGCAGAUGCCUCCCUGGAUGGACUCUUCACAACUCAACCUGCUAUUUCUUUUCUUACUCUGAAUCUACUUCUGUCAAGAAGAACUGGCCAGACAGCAGAGCAGACUGUGUUAGACGUGGAGCUGACCUGGUUGUGAUCGAUAACCAGGAGGAGCAGGUAUUUGUGAGUGACAACAUCAAAAUUGGCUAUAAUGAAUGGACCACCGGACACUGGAUCGGUCUCACUGACAUAGAGACAGAGGGGACAUGGGUCUGGAUUAAUAAUGUCACUGAGGUGGAGGAAAGGUACUGGGCGGAUGGAGAACCAAACAACCAUGGACCCCGGGGAGAGAACUGCGCCAUUACAGUUUACAGACACACCAAUCCAUGGAAGACCCGGUAUGAUGGAAAGUGCGAUGAGCAUCAGAUAUACUGGAUGUGUGAAAUGCCAUCAAGAUAAACUCUGUGUAUUCUUCUGGAGCGCUGGCAUGUGUUUGGAAUUGAAAACAUGAAAUACCUUUAAUAAAGUUUUAAUGGAGAUCAUUUCUGUGGUAAUUACAGCAUGAUAAGUGAUUUUUAGGCUGAAUACAUCUGUAGCUAUGCAAUAACAUACCUAAUAAAGAAUGGUUUCUGCUAUAACUACA